GUAAAACAGCAAGAAGAAGAAUAACUGAAAGUUUGAGUGCACAUUUCGAUGUUCAUCAUGAGAGAGCAGGUGGAUGUGAUCUGCUGUAAAUCAGUAGGAACUGAUCUGUCCAUGCUGGAUAUUGAUGAUUUCAUCACAGAAAUCUCUCAGCUGAAGAAAGAGGUGACGUCACUGAAGACAAAACUGAUGGAGAGAGAUCUCGUUUCACGCUGUACCUGUUUAGAGCGAGUUAAAGUUGAGAUUGAGCUGGAAAAGGUUUCCUGUCAAUCUUCAGUGUGUGUGACUGAUGGGACCUCCACAGAAUGUCAGGAUUCAGUGUGGAGCGACAGAGAUCAGUCCACACCACAGAGGCUGCUGGACAAACUCUCUGAACAGAGAUCCAGAGACACACAGGACUCACAGCUCACUUUACUCUGUUCUACUGAUGCUCAGAAGUGUGUGUGUGACAGUAAUCAGGGUGAUCAAACCUCCACAGAGUCUCUGACUUCUGUCUGUAACGCUGGAGAACAGCAGAUGCUGCAGACACCAGUGAAGAUUGAAGUGAAGCAGGAGGAGAUAAAAGAAGAAAACACAGUGGAGGAACAACAGAGAGAUGAAGAUAUUCAUGAUUUUAUUCCUUCAAAGCUGAAUGAAGUGGAGGAGAAACUUCAGGAUCAGAAACAUCAUGAAUUCACAACUGGAGAAAAAUCUCUGAGUGGCUCAAAAACUAACAAGAAUUUCUCACCAGAAAAGCCUCAAAGAAGAGCAGCCAAAAAUACUUUCACCUGCUCUCAGUGUGGAAAGAGUUUCACAUAUAAAUGCAAGCUUAAUACACACAUGAGAAUUCAUACUGGAGAGAAGCCUUACACGUGUCAUCAGUGUGGAAAGAGUUUUGCAAGUGUAUACUAUUUCAAGGAUCAUCUCCGCUAUCACUCUGGAGUAAGACCAUUUGAAUGUGAUCAGUGUGGCAAAACAUUUGUUUUGGAUUCAGCCCUAAAAAAACAUAUGAAAACUCACACAAAUGAGAAGCCUUACAAGUGUUGUUUCUGCGGAAAGAGUUUUGCACACCUGAACUAUUUUAAAGAGCACCAGAAGACUCAUUCUGGUGUGGGGGCUCAUAUGUGCUUUGAAUGUGGUAAGGCCUUUACUACAGCUGGCAACUUGAAACAGCACCAAAGAAUUCAUACUGGAGAAAAACCUUACAAGUGCUCACACUGUGAAAAGAGUUUCACUCAGUCAGAACACCUGAAAAAACACGAGAGAAUUCAUACUGGAGAAAAACCUUACAAGUGUUCACACUGUGGAAAGAGUUUCACUCAGUCAUACAGCUUGAAAACACACGAGAGAAUUCAUACUAGAGAAAAACCUUUCAAGUGUUCACACUGUGGAAAGAGUUUCAGUGGAUCACAGAACCUAAAACAACAUGAGAGAAUUCAUACUGGAGAAAAACCUUACAAGUGCUCACACUGUGGAAAGAGUUUCACUCAGUCAGACAACUUGAAAAUACAUGAGAGAAUCCAUACUGGAGAGGAACCAUAUCACUGCUUGUCAUGUGGGAAAUGUUUCAGAGCAGCAAGUAAUCUACAUAGACAUGUAAAAAAGUAUUGCCCAGGUAGUCACAGUGAGCAUAAAUCACCUUCAGGUCCAACAAGAUCUUGUAAAUAGUUGGAAAUUCAGAUUAACUAAAAGACAUUUAUAGCACAUGUACAGUACAAUACCCAGAUGUCUAUUUGAUUUGGUUGUUUAGAUCUGGAAGACAUAUUUUUUAGGUUGUUUGUUUGUCUGCAAUACGUCUGUAAGGUGUUUCUUCUCCUAUUUAGGAUGCAUCUUCUGUGACCAUUUGUGGAAAAACAAAGGACAUAUAAGGAACGUCUUUGUAUUAAUUUAGGAAACUUAUUUGUGCGUGUGUAUACUGUAUAGUACUGUGCAAAUGUUUUAGAUAUGUAAGAAAAAUGUUGUAGAGUAAACAAGGAAGUCCACCUUGAUCGUGCUGACCUAGACGACUGGAUAGUUCGCCUAUGCCUAGAAACGGCCUUGUAUGAAAGCUUCAAAAGGUUCAGUGGCCAUUCUUGAUAUUACACUUUCAUUAUUAACAGUUUGCACAGUGCUAGCAGACAUUUCAGAUGAUUAAAUCUAUUAAAUAAUCACAGAUGCAAAAAUAUUUGCAAAACUACUAAAACUCCAAUGUAAGUAAUGUUACUUAACCAAUCUGAUCAAAACUCCAUUGCCACCUGCGCUAUACUGUAUGCUAAAAACACAAGUUUUAUUUAUAUAGCAUCUUUCCAAAGCUCAUGAACCUUUACAAACAUUAUUUCCAUAUUUUUUUUAAAGUUGUUUUUGUUGUUAUGAUGUAAUAAGUGUCUUACCUCAGAACAAACUCUUCCCAGACUAGCUAAAUAGGAUAUUUAUUGACAAAUCAUAAUAUAAGUAUUAUAUGAAAACAGUACAGCUCUGGAAAACAUUAAGAGACCACUUCAAAUGUUUCUGAAAUCAGCAUCUCUACAUGUAUGGCAGCCAUUCCAUUCCAGUGUCUUGAAUUCCUGCUUGAAUUUUUGCACCAUGAGUGUCAUAAAAUCACCCAACAGCAAUGUGAAAAACUGGUGGAAUGCUGAAAAAUGUGAAAUGAAAGCUGUGGUUGAAAUCUGGGUUAUUCCACCCAGUAUUGAUUUCUAAACUCUUCCUAAGUUAAAACAUUAGUAUUGUGUUGUUUAUAAAUGAAUAUGAACUUAAGAUUUAAAUAAAACUGUUUGCUUUGAGCAGUGUUGUAUUGGCAUAGGUAAUGCAAGCAGUCGCACAGGGCGGCAGCAUUCUCUCGGGCUGGAUAGUGUCUGAUGUCACUAUAUAAUUUUUUUAUUUAUUUUGUUUUGUAAUGUAACUGCAUAACUGUACAAUGACAAGGCCAAAAUUAUCUAAGCAAUAGCAACCAGGGGUACGCAGCAGUGUAAUGCUGGCAGGCCCGAUUCCAGAACCAAACCACUGAGGGUGCUUCUGAAAUUAGUGAGGGUGCUCACUAAUAUAUAAUAAAUAUAUAGACAAUGGCUCCUAAUCACUGGCAGUCUUAGCUAUGUUUAACCCAUUUCAAUUGAAAUGGGCCCCGCCCUCCAAAGGGACCCCAACUGACAUGCCAGAACUGAAUAAUUCACCCACUUAAAAAAAUUAUACACUAUAUAUAUAUACAGUGCAUCCGGAAAGUAUUCACAGUGCUUCACUUUUUCCACAUUUUGUUAUUUUACAGCCUUAUUACAAAAUGGAUUAAAUUCAUUAUUUUCCUCAAAAUUCUACAAACAAUACCCCAUAAUACCCCAAGUGAUGAAAAAAUCACAUGUACAUAAGUAUUCACAGCCUUUGCUCAAUACUUUGUUGAAGCACCUUUGGCACCAAUUACAGCCUCAAGUCUUUUUGAGUAUGAUACUACAAGCUUGGCACACCUAUUUUUGGGCAGUUUCUCCCAUUCUUCUUCGCAGGACCUCUCAAGCUCCAUCAGGUUGGAUGGGGAGCGUCGGUGCACAGCCAUUUUUAGAUCUCUCCAGAGAUGUUCAAUCGGGUUCAAGUCUGGGCUCUGGCUGGGCCACUCAAGGACAUUCACAGAGUUGUCCCGUAGCCACUCCUUUGUUAUCUUGGCUGUGUGCUUAGGGUCGUUGUCCUGUUGGAAGAUUAACCUUCGCCCCAGUCUGAGGUCCAGAGCGCUCUGGAGCAGGUUUUCAUCAAGGAUGUCUCUGUACAUUGCUGCAUUCAUCUUUCCCUAGAUCCUGACUAGUCUGCCAGUUCCUGCUGCUGAAAAACAUCCCCACAGCAUGAUGUUGCCACCACCAUGCUUCACUGUAGGGAUGGUAUUGGCCAGGUGAUGAGCGGUGCCUGGUUUCCUCCAGACAUGACGCUUGCCAUUCAGGCCAAAGAGUUCAAUCUUUGUUUCUCAUGGUCUGAGAGUCCUUCAGGUGCCUUUUGGCAAACUCCAGGCGGGCUGUCAUGUGCCUUUUACGGAGUAGUGGCUUCCGUCUGGCCACUCUACCAUACAGGCCUGAUUGGUGGAGUGCUGCAGAGAUGGUUGUUCUUCUGGAAGGUUCAACUCUCUCCACAGAGAAAUGCUGGAGCUCUGUCAGAGUGACCAUCGGGUUCUUGGUCACCUCCCUGACUAAGGCCCUUCUCCCGCGAUCGCUCAGUUUGGCCGGGCGGCCAGCUAUAGGAAGAGUCCUGGUGGUUCCAAACUUCUUCCAUUUAUGGAUGAUGGAGGCCACUGUGCUCAUUGGGACCUUCAAUGCUGCAGAAAUUUUUCUGUACCCUUCCCCAGAUCUGUGCCUCGAUACAAUCCUGUCUCGGAGGUCUACAGACAAUUCCUUGGACUUCAUGGCUUGGUUUGUGCUCUGACAUGCACUGUUAACUGUGGGACCUUAUAUAGACAGGUGUGUGCCUUUCCAAAUCAUGUCCAAUCAAUUGAAUUUACCACAGGUGGACUCCAAUUAAGUUGUAGAAACAUCUCAAGGAUGAUCAGUGGAAACAGGAUACACCUGAGCUCAAUUUUGAGUGUCAUGGCAAAGGCUGUGAAUACUUAUGUACAUGUGAUUUUUUUAUUUUUUUUAUUUUUAAUAAAUUUGCAAAGAUUUCAAACAAACUUCUUUCCUGUUGUCAUUAUGGGGUAUUGUUUGUAGAAUUUUGAGGAAAAUAAUGAAUUUAAUCCAUUUUGGAAUAAGGCUGUAACAUAAAAUGUGGAAAAAUUGAAGCGCUGUGAAUACUUUCCGGAUGCACUGUAUAGAGAGAGAGCUAUAUUUGUGGCUGUGGCAGCUGACUGGAUUUCCACAAUCAUAAUUUCUCUCUCCGGCUUGGCUUGCUACCCCUCUGACUCUCCCUCUUCUUUUUGCUCUCCGAGCCUGUAGUGAGCUGUCCAUGGUGCUGAAAGAGCAUGAAGAGCAAUUCAUUGCCAACUACCAUUAGUUUCAGACACUUUUAAUUCCCAAACAAAAUAUGUUAUUGCUGUUGUUGUUAAUUUAUUAUGAGAGAAUUGUUUAAGCUGUUAUGUCAGCUAAUACAUAACACAUAGUGCUAUUCAGUGCUGAAUAGUAGUUGCCGAAGGGCGAGGCUUCUCCUUAUCCCAAAGCAAAAAUAAUGGCAUUGUUUCAGUUUUUAAUUAAUGGAAUUGUUUGGAUUAUUUCUAUGCUGAGCUGUUGAUGCUAAAU